GCCAUGCUCUCCCGGCUUUUGUGCUCCCACACGCGAUUCGGUACGCCCAGCGCUGCCUAAAAGCCAUUAAUAGAGGCACCCCGCCGUCGUGGGGCUGCCCGUAACGAUCAGCACGAUGGGGCAGCGAUGAUCAUUGGCCUCAGAUGCGAGCUGGAGGGCCGGCGGCCGCCAGUCACGUUCUCGGACGACGCCUCCGUCGGGACCAUGAGCACGCUCGGAUCGCCCUACCGGCGGGCGACGGUCACCAUUUCGGAUGACGCGAGCGUGGGCUCCUACUCGACGUGGUCGACGUGGGGCAGCCCACCGGCGCUGUCCGAGGAGGAGCUGGCGGCCCGGCGAGCGGCGCGGCAGCGGCGGCGCGCCGCGCACGCCGUCGCGCAGCAGCUCGACUUCAUGUACCAAGAAAGGGAAGCGUACCGCCGCGACGCGCCGCUGCGGCGCAAGCGCGCGCUGGCGAGGAAGGGUCCUGGCGACUUUGGAUUAAAAGUGCCGGAGCUCGCGCCGCGGCCCGUGACGCCCGUUUUACCCGUUGGCAACACUAUGACGGGUCUGACCACCAAGGGGCGCAAAAAGAAUGCACAACUCGAGCUCAAAGCCGCCGCGGCGUUUCUGGAGAGAGGCGGCAAGGCCGAGGCCGUCGCGCGGGCCGCCGCCAAGUUCAAGAAAGUGGGCAAGCUCCGCACCGUGAGCCGCGGAUCGCGCACGCGCGCCCCGCGGCUCACGAACAUGAGGCGGGAACUUCCGGAGCCGGCGCCGCAGCCCGAGCCCGCUCCCCUCUUAGAUUCGCGGCGCCUCGAACGGCGCUUAAAACGCGACGUCGCCAACUUGCACAAAGCGAAGCCGAGCCCGACGCAUCUCAAGGCGAAGCGUGGUCGCGCCCACGCGCUGCGGCUGCGACGGCGCCUCAAGGCGGCGCUCGGCGACGCCGUGCUCGUGUCCGGCGGUGGAGAUGCGAAUCUAAGGCGAGAACGGGCGUUCCUCGACGCGCUGUCGCCGACGGGCAUCGCCAAUGAUCAACAGCGCAUGGCCGCCGGUGACUUCCGCGACGCCCUCGCGAAGCGACUGGAUUACCGCAUCGACCACGGCGCGGCGAGCGACCUGGCCGCGUUCUUCGGCGGGCACGACGUGCGUUUGCCCGACGUGCCGGGCGGGUUGCAACGGGCGGCGCGCCUGGACGCAGAGAAAUUCUGCGGUGCGAUCGUCCGCGGCGUCGCGCGUCGCGCGUCGAUCGAGGCCGUAGCGCGGGAGGAAGAGUUGGAGGCAGCAACUGCGCGACACCUGGAGUGGCGGGCGGCGAACAAAAGAAAGCGGAAGGAGCGCCGGCGCCGCCGGAAGUUCGACGCGAGUGCCACCCUCAGCGACCUGCGGGCGGCCGAGGCCAUGGUCACUCGCGGCGACGAAGACAUGCGGAUAACUCGGAAACUCGGCAAGGCCAUCGCGGCGCGCUUGGAUCCCUCCCACCCGCGGCAGGUGCGCACGGCAAAGCUCCUCGCGCCGCCCGACCCGCGCCGGGGCGGCAUCUUGCACGACGCGCCGAGCCCCUUCCUGACGAGCGCGUCGGCGCCGUGGGAGUACAAGGACUUCGCCGACUUGCCCGAAGCUGAUCAGCGGAUAUUAGCCGGGUUGAUAAGUACAUAGCACAC